UUGUAAAAGAACCUGGGAAAGAAAAGGCAACUUCUGUUUGGAUCUGGGAGGUGUCUGCAUGUUUAACCCUUUGUUGUAGUUCGUGUGGUCGACCUCAUGAGGGCGCCAGGUAGCAACAGUCUUGACUCGCUGCAGGUGUUUGGUGUUAGAAUCUAGUAGGUGAGUCUGCGGCACAGAUGGAGCCGAGGUGGAGAACUGUUUUUUCAAGCGAGUACCAAGAUGAAGGCAGCCGAGUGGAAGGGUUUGAGGUCUGAUAAGUAUCGCAGCAGAGGGACUGGAUGGAGCUAGCCGUGGAAGUUUGUCCAGGAUCAACGGAACAGAUGAGGAACCAGGUCCUUAAAUCCUUCACCUGAUCAAAGGUGUUUUCUCUGACAGCUGCGUGUCCCACCCUACUGUCAUCAUGAAGGAGGUAACAACAGAUAAUAUCUAUGCAUACGCUCUGUCCAAGACGCUAACGAAGGUUUCAUCACCGGCAACUGUGGGACUCUACUCUUCUUGUGAAGACCGACUGUAUGUGAUUCUUGAUCAAAUAGGAGUGUACAUAAAUCGGGAGUCUUUGAGGAUUGAGCAGAAAUCUGACAAAGGACAAAAGCCCCUUGCAGUCAAACUUUCUGUCAAAGACUUGUUGCUUCUCAUUGUGAGGCUGCUCUUCUACACACCAGUCUGGACUACAGAGAACCAGAAUCACCAUAAUGUCAGGUUCCUUUAUGUGAAUUUCAGUGCUUGGCAUUUUGCUGGUAGUGACAUGCUAUGGGCUGGGAUAGCCAUACGAUUGUUUCAUGCCAUGCAGAUGAAUUUUGGGAAACUGCAACUCGCACUCUAUCGUGUUACGCAAUAUGAUGAAGAGGAUGAAGUAAAGGAAAAGGAGGUGAAGGACAUCCCCAAUAACUGGAUAUCCAAGAAGGUUUGCUGCUGCCCCCUGUGGUUUUUCCUACUGUCCAUCAUUAUUGUCCCAGUAGUACUCAUAGUGGUCUUUUUUGUUUGGGUUUUUCCAAAUGCUGAAAUAAAACCAGAGGAGCAGGGGACUGGAGCAAAUAGAGAGGGGAAUCAACUGGAGGGCUUUGUUAUUGCAUCCUUAGGAGUCCCAGCAGUAACAGGACUCAGGUUUGCCUUUCAGAUGGUCAAGAACCUCAUUUUCAGUCAAGAACAGAACAUUAAGAAAGGAAUGGACAAUGAACGGAUCAGCAACAAACUGGGAUUCAUGAAUGAAGUCAGGAAAGAAAUGUGGUUUCUGACUCAAUUCAUCAAGUUCAUGGAGGUGUUUGAAAGGAGGAAGAUUCGAAUUGUGUUGAAAAUUACUCAUCUGGACCGUUGCUCCCCCAAGAAAAUCGUUGGAGUCCUGGAGGCCAUGAAUAUUUUACUCUCCGAUGAGGAAAGCCCAAUUCUUUCCAUCCUGGCUGUAAAUCCAAGUGUUCUGUUAGAAAAAGUGAAAUUUGCAGAAAACUCCAUCUGUAAAGAGGACAGAGCUCACGGACUGCUGAACCGCAUAGUCACUUUGGCCUUCACAGUCCCACCAAUGUCUGAAAAUUCAAAGCGCAGCUUAUUUAACAGCCUUAACAACACUCCAGGAUUCUCUGAAGAUUACCCCUUGAGGUGGAACAAACACAGGAGAAAGACGUCUGUGAUAGAGCCGAUAGUGUUGACAAUUGAGGAAUCAAAGGAGUCAAAUCCUCUGAUCAACACAAAUCGUGAUACUUUUGAAAUGAAAGAGGAUGAAUUGGAACAAACGGUUCAGACAAUACUUACCAAAGGUGAAAAAACGCUGAACAAGUACAUGCUAGAAGAUGCCAUCUCAAUGAAGAGGACGAUCAGCUCUGUCUGGGUAACGGUCAUAAUCAUGAAGUUACUGAAGAAAGAUUUUCCUGACCCAGAGGACACUGCAGCAUGGGUGGUUCUAGCCAACCAGUGGCCCUGUCGAUUCAGCUGGAUCCUCCAGUGUGUGGAGGAUGAAAAGCAGAGAGCAGUGAUUGAUCAUCAGAACAUGAGCUCUGAUGAUUCAAAGACCCUUUGGGAGGUCUUCAGCGAGUCCAGGGAGGAGCUAUAUGUGAUGAGGACACACAUCGAGGAACUCCUCGAGCAGGACGGAGACCCUGAAGUGUUCGAAGCGUUACUCAAGGAUGAUGAGUUUGAGUUCACCUUAAAGAACCUGGAGAUCUUUCAGGUAGGGAUGGUGAAUCUGGAUCAGUCAAUCAGGAGGCAACUGGCUCUUAUCAGAGGAACAUGCAGGCUGGAAAAUUCUGGUUGGAUGAGGAACAUAGCUCCACUUCCAGUCACAAGUCUUAUCAAAAUGACCACAGACGAUAUAUGUGAAGAGAUGGACAGGAUGAAAUUGGACAGUACGUACAUGGAAACAGUGAAAAAACAUAAGCUCAAUGGUUCUGCUCUGGUCUUCGGUGACACAGAAGAUCUGAAAGCCCUCCUGGGUAUGACAUUUGGUGAAUGGGCAACUUUCAAACUUCACUUCUUGAGUUUUGUCUCACCCCUCCGGCCACAGCAUGAGAACAUGCUGCCAUUACCUGCCAAAACCCAACUGUUCAAGUUAAUCCAGUGUGGAGAGAAGAAAUAAUUACUCAUCUUCUACCAGCCUGUGUUAACAGUUGCCUUGUGUAACAUAGUUAAAUGCAUUGAGUGUGCUAAGGUACACUGAGUGCUCCAAAUCUUUUUUCAAAUCCUUUUCCAUGUUUGUAUGGCUUUGAUAAGCAGAUACGUUAAUCCAGUGUUGAAAUUGUUUCCAUUACACCUCAGCUGUUUUUCUGGCUUCCAGGAUAUGGACUCAAGUCCCAGAGUGCAACAGUUUUCACCCACUGUCUAACUAUAUUAAUUCACAACUGAACUACAGCUCAAGCAUGUUUCUAAGUAAUAUGACUUCUACUGGAAGUGUUUAGCAUAUGCAUGUUGCUUUUAAUGUAAUUGUAGUUCAUAACCAUUUAAUAAAAAAAACAAAAACACAAAAAUUCCAUUUUAGUUUGCAACGAUGGAAACUGAUUAGCUACUAAACUUUACCAGGUCACUAAAGAGUUUCCAGUGUUUACCACAUGGGAGAUUUAUAACUCAAAAUUUUCAAACAUUAAAUCAUAAGUGUUCAGUCAUAAGUAAAACUGUCUCAUUAUGACCUCUAAGAAACUUAACACCUCGGAACACUGACGUUAUGUUGUGGGGAAAAAAGAUUGAUCAUAAGCUCAUAAUUAAUAAAUAUGAGUUAAGAUAUUGAUCUUUAAUGAAGCAGCUCAACACUGUCCAUAAGAUGUAGUAAACUGUAUGUUUUCAUUCCAUCCUAAUUAAAUGCCAAGUCAAAUCAAAUGUAAAUAAAGUGUUCCAAUAGUAAAAUUAUCACAGAAACCUUAUCUUGUGUGGCUGUCAUUUCAAAACAGAUGCAAGUUUAAAAAUAAUCAAAGCAACUUGAGGGUUUGUUAGUGACAUUUUCAUCAAACAAGUUAAAAUACAAGUUAAAAAACACUUCUAUUUGCUUUCCUUUCAGUUGUCCACCUUUGAAUGUUAUGUUAAUUAAUACAGAAAUAUUCAACAAUUCUAGGCAUUUACAAUACAUAACCACAUUCAGACAGCAUACAUUAUUAGAUUUUGAAAUAUAACACAAAACCUGUGUCAGGGGCAUGAAUUGUACACCACUGUUAAUUUUACAAUUUGAUUUGUUAUAUUCAUUAAUGAUACUAAUUUUAUGCAAUACUUAGAAGACUGGAAGAUUUUUUGAAAAAUUACAAUAAGUCAAUUGAAUAAUAGAGAGGCAUUAAAGCUCAAAGGAUUCGGUAUUCAGCAGUUAAUUACAAACACGGACACUAUUCUAUUUUUCACAGAUGCAAGCUGUAAUAUAGAAGCCAUUCCCAUUAAAACUCUUCUUAUUUUUAAGGCACAUGAAAUGUUAAAGACAAGUAAGAGCACAACAAACUUGAGGUGGAAGAGUUGCAUGUGACUAGAUUUUAUGGUUUGCAUCAAUGAACAUAUUAA